GCGCGAUCCAGUCGAUACCCUACAACGCCAACGCUGCGUAUGCGCAAUAUUUCCAUUUCACUGCUGCAAUAGUUGGCGGCAACAGCUGUUCACUGGCCAGCAAAACAGGGGGAAUUCAAGUGUAACCUCUAGGGAAAAUAGUUAAAUAUUUUAUAUUUUCGCACAUAAGCGUUUUUUUUACUUUUACUACAAAGCAUUGAACAAUAUUAUAACUAUAGCAUGAAACAACAUAUUUAAUCUAUCGCAUUAAGACCUUGAAAAUAUUUAUAAUUUACUACUUUGAAGAAAUAUAAGCUCUUAUCGCUUCAUUUUAAAUUUCGUGUGAAAUAGUUUCGUUUUGUGGCAUUUUUAAUCAGUGCUCCCGUACAAUACCAUUGCUUAUAAAAUGCUGACAACAAUAGUUAUAAAACUUCUAUAAAUAAUUGAAAUGUAUAUUAAAUAUUUGGCAAGGAAAACAUUGACCUUUCUAUCGUUCCUGACAUUCUAUCACUUUCGCAACUCAACAGUUUUUAUGGCAAACAAGUUGUUGUUUUGCUUCUGCCACUUGAAAUAUUUGUUUAUUAUUUUUUUGGCAUGAACCAAAUAUCAUUGUGUGGUUUCUCAAAACGAGCAGCGUUGUCUUGCAAUUUGAUGUUCUUCUUAACUUAGAACUUUUACGAAACACAUUUCCAAGAAAAUAAAUUCUAGCUGAAUGUGUGAGUUUGUGUGCGCCACACAUGUGUGACAUACACAAUGAAUGCAACUGUAUGUAAAGCAUAUAUGUAUGUAUGGCAUAUAUAUAACGAUUCCAAGAUAUAUUUUUAAUUUACCUAAUUAGAGAGAACUUUGAGAAAGGCCGCACAUGCGAACAAGCAGACACGUCUGUAAGUGGAUCGUAGAAAGAAAAUUAAAAACAUUUCGGUUUCUGCGCGCCGACGACGGACUGUGCAAAUCGAUAAUCGUGACGACUUUCAAGACUUGUGGCAAAAGAUUUUCGACGAAUGGAAAAUAAUAACAAAAACACGGUUAUAAAUAGUGGCCAAGACGAGCGACUUGGUUGGGUGACAAGGCAUAAACGAAACGCAAACAUUGCUAUCCAUGCCCGCCACAUUUUCUUGCUCCACACCCACUGAGCGAAUGUUUUGCUUAUUAUUUUUUGUUUUUGUUUUAGAGUACAAACUCUUGUUGCCGCAAAACUUUGGCCACAAAUAUCACACACACACAACACCACCCGUUAGCUGUGCAUUUUUAAUCGAUGUUUGCCGUGCGACUUUAAGCCCAAUUGGUGGGGCGAACGAAAAUAAGAAACAUGAACGAAAACGACUCAAGAAGUCACCAAGAAAUGCUAAAAAUUCGAAAACCAGUUCCUCAGCUGGUUUUGGCCACACAAUCAUGUAUUCGAGGUUUCUAAAAAAUGCACACAAGAAGUGAGUCGCUUUAUGGUUUUUGGUUUUUACUUUUUUCGGUCGGACUCUGCUUUUUCUGAUAAAAAUUGAAAGUUUCUCUGCCGCCCAACUUCAAAUGAUUGAAGGAUAGAUUUGCAGAACAAUAUGUUUAUGGUUUUAAAUUUUCUAUGACAUUACAUUUUAAUAACUACACAAGUUUUGACAAAGCGUUUCCUUAUGUGAAAAUCUGUUUGUCACUUGAAUGUGGUAAAAGUAAACAUUGACAAAUACUGAUAUAGAAAUCAACAAACGUGGGAAAAGACAAUAGCAAGUCAGAAUGUCUGGACGCGAGGGCGGUAAGAAGAAGCCUCUGAAGGCGCCAAAGAAGGACUCGAAGAAUCUAGACGAGGAGGACAUGGCCUUCAAGCAGAAGCAGAAGGAGCAGCAGAAGGCUCUGGAGGCGGCCAAGGCAGGUGCCGCCAAGAAGGGACCUCUUCUCGGCGGCGGAAUCAAGAAGUCCGGCAAAAAGUGAUCCAUAGCCACACUUUCAUAUGCAUUCCUUAGCAUAUUCAAAACACACCAAUGCAGAAAUUAAAGUCUUCACGUUAUUGUACAGCAAAUAUUGCUGAAAAAACCUAAAA